AUGAAGUUGACAAAGGAAAUUAUUUGGCUGCUAUUAAUUAUAUAUAUCCAUUUUACAAUCUCUACUAAAGUUGACUUAAAAGGAUAUAUGAAAAGGAGAGGAUUAUUAGAGGGACUGGAUUCUUCAGAUUAUGAAAUUGUUUACCCAUUUCAGAUUAGAGAUAAAAAUGAUAGGAUCGGAAUUGAAACGAGAAACCAUUUUCUCAAUGGAACUGUCCAUUAUUCACAAACAACAUUUGUGAUAAGAGGAAAUAGUAUUAUUAAUAGAUUAAGAUUAACAUUAGAAUUAAAUCAAAAUAUCUUUUAUAAUGAAACUAUUUUUAAUAAGUUAGAUGACAAUGGUGAAGCACCUUUAGAAGAGAUAAUUGAAAAUUGUUAUUAUCAGGGAACAAUACAAGGUUUGGCUAAUUCUUUUGUAGCAUUAUCUACAUGUGAUGGCCUUCAUGGAAUUAUUUCAUAUGCAAAUGGUACUGCAUAUCAAAUAAUUCCUCUUGAAGGUGGUGAACAUAGUCGACGUCAUCCUCAUUUACUUUAUAAAGCAAAAUGGAAUCAAGAGGCAGCAUGUGGUGCUGUAACACUAUCACCAUCAUCUCAUUCAUCAUCAACAUUCUUUAAUGGUCGAAAACGGCGUGAUGUAUCAAGGCAAACAAAGUACAUUGAAAUUGCAGUAAUUUCAGAUUUUUUUCUUUAUAAAAAACUUAAUAAAUCAAUAAUGGAAUCUAUAAGAUAUACACUUGAUGUUAUAAAUACUGUUGAUUUAAUUUUAAGUAAACAACUUAAUAUUCGCCUUGCCAUAGUUUAUGGAGAAUGGUGGACAGAUGAAGAAAGAGUUGAUAUGAAUGAAGAUAUUGAAAGAAGUUUAACAAAUGUUUUAGAAUAUACAACAGGACAUAUAUAUAAUGUUUUGAAGGAUAAUACUGUAUUUAUUACUGGUUUUACAUUUUCUCAUAAUGAACAAGCAACAUCAACAUUUUCUUCUAUCUGUACAGCUAGAGGUUUAUCUCUUAUUAAGGCAAUGGAACAUCGAUCAGUAUUUAUGAGUGCUUCCCUAUUAGUACAAUCAUUAGCACAUAAUUUUGGUAUAGACCAUGAUUCAAUAGAUUGUUUAUGUGAAGAUAAUCAAAAAUGUGUAAUGAAUAAACAAAUUGGUUCUUUUGGGAUUCCAUUUACAUACUCAUUUUCUAAAUGUUCACAAGCUAGACUUCAAUCAGCAUUAAGGUCUGGUGAAUUACAAUGUUUAUUAAAUAAACCAUUUCAUGUAUCUGAAUUAUAUAAUUGUGGUAAUGGAAUUGUUGAUGAAAAUGAGGAAUGUGAUUGUGGUACACAAAGUCAAGAAUCAUGUAAUGAUCCAUGUUGUGAUGCAAAUACAUGUAGAUUAAGAUCAUUUGCUCAAUGUGCCAGUCAUCAGGAAUGUUGUCAUCGAUGUGAAAUUAAAAAAGCAGGUCAAAUAUGUCGACAAUCAAGAAGUUCUUGUGAUGUUCCAGAAAUGUGUGAUGGUGAGAGUGGAGAUUGCCCAGCUGAUGGAUAUAUGAUUGAUGGUACAACAUGUGGAAUAAAUGGUAAUUGUUGGAAAGGAAAUUGUUCUGAUAUUGAUCAGGAAUGUAAAAAAAUAUGGGGACAUGAGGCAUCUGCUGCUGAGUUAGCUUGUUUUGAACAAAAUGAAAGAGGUGUUGAAUAUGCAAAUUGUGGUUUAAAUAAAGAUAAUACUUUUCAAAAAUGUGACUUUGAAAAUGUUCGAUGUGGGUCAUUACAAUGUAAAGAUGGAACAGGAAAUCCAAUUGAUGAUUCUUUAAAUUCUUUUAAUUUUAAUUUUGUAACAGAAGGAAAACGAGUAACAUGCAAAGCAAUAACUAAUCCUUUCCUUGGUCGUGUACCAGAUGGAGCAUCAUGUGGUCCAUCAAAAAUUUGUAUUGAUAGUGUAUGUUUACCAUUAGCUAAAGUAUCACCUCCAGUUUAUUGUCCAUCAAAUAACUUGGCAUUUUCUUGUUCUGGACAUGGUGACUGUACCACAUCACAAAAAUGUCUUUGUUAUGAUGGUUGGGCUGGAGUGGCAUGUGAUAUUAAAAGUAAUUCAAGUCGUAGAAUUCAUUAUGGUACAAGUAAUGAUAUUUUUUCAAAAUCUAUAAAAAAUGGAUUAGAAAAUAAUAGAACUGUUGAAACAACAACACUUCUUAUUAUUUUAUUUAUUGUAGCAGUAUUUUUAUUCCUUAUUCUUAUAUGUCUAGUUUUUUGUUAUAGAAGAAAAAGUACUCCUGAAACAGUUACACAUAAUAUAAUAUUUGAUAAAGCUGAUGAAAGUUUUGGUGAAAAUAUAAAUCGUUCCAUUAAAUUUGGAAAUAUGCCAAGUUAUAGAGAAGAAAAAAGACGUAGAAAAAAAAAUAAAAAAGUUUAUGAUGCAUUACAUAGGAUUAGUGAAGCAACUGAUGAAAGAGAUUCAACAUCAUUAAAAAGUCGAGAAUCAGAACCUUUGUCAUUACAAAAUGAUUCAAUUUAUGGUUUUAAUCAUAGAAAUUCUUCAAAUUAUUUACCUUUUGAAGGAAAUAGAUUACGUAAAGAUAUAUCUAGUAGUCAACGAAGUUUAAUGAGAAAUGGAGAACCUUCAUUUACUCUUCAUCCUCAUAAUAUUUUUGAUGAUACUCAUAUAGGAAUGAAUGAUAAAAUAUAUUCUCAAUCUGUUGUUAGUAUAGCUCCAUUUGAUAGAAUUAUUAAAAAUUCACCAAGUAAAAGUGAUUAUGGUGGUUAUACAACAAGAAUAAAAAGAGAAUAUCAACGACAAGAAUUUAAAAUAAAUGAACAUGAUGAUGAUUUUAGUGAAGAAUUAAGUUUAUAUUCAAAUAGUAGAUAUUCUAUGCAACAACCUUCACUUCAAUACUUACCACAAACAUUUAAAACGCAACAAGUAAUGUCACCAUCAGCUAGUUCAUAUGCUGGAAGUUCAUCAAAAUUAACUCCAACACCAUUAAAAUUAAAUAAUAUUGGUAUUUUAUUAAAACAACUUCAGGAAGAUUAUCCAUCAACAAAUCAAUCUCCAACAAUGGAAUAUAAACCACCUGAGACAGAAGAAAGUGAAUUGAGUAAUGGUGAGCAACAUACAGAUCGUAACUCUCAAACAGAUUCUGUUCCUAAUAUUGAUCUCGACGGACAUCCGGUUUAA